AUGGAAGGAGCUCUCUUUCUGGAGGGCCGCAAUGUCGUUUUCUUUUUUGUUCCUUUUAAAAAUUUAUUUGUCGUUGCUGUGAAGCAUGACGGUGUGGAGGAGCAGAUGAGGUGUGUUUUGGUUUGGGAAGAUGAGAAGGGUCUUUUCAACGUCAUAACUGCUGAUGGUGGCGGGAAAUGGUACCGAUUAAUGGGCCGUGGGCGCAUACGCGUUAUGUUUCGUGUGGUGGCGACGGUUGCGGGAAGGGAUUUCUUUCCUCCUCUUCUUGUUCAUAAAUUUAAAAGACCUUCGAUUUUCCCUUUCCCCUUAUUUUCGUGGGAGCUGCCCCCUUCUUUCUUCCUGCCCACCCGUCCGUACUUCGGGCCGCAGCGGUGCGGAGGCGUUUCUUAUCCCUUUUAUCCUUUUCCUUUUUCUUUUUUGUUUGUUUUGUUUACUGAUUUAUAUUUUAAAGGCGUUGGGGUAUUAGAAUACAACAAGGACGCGAUGUAUCUGCUCCUGCGGUGUUUUCUUCCCCUUUUCAGUUUUGUGCAUGUAAUUUGUCUUCCCUUCUCUUAUGGAGGUGGUGGUUGA